CUGCAGCGAAAAAUGUUUAAUAAUAAUGUGUAGUGAAACGAUUGCUAUAACAAUCAUAAUGUAUACAGAUGCUCGGAUAAUUGCGAGACUCCGCAGUGCAAUUGGCUGCUGGGCGAGCGAAUGUGUAGACAUAAAAUAAAACCAACACAGAAAAAAAACAGAAAAAUUACAACAAACAAGCGAAAAGCAGAAACAGAAGCAGAGGCAACGUCAGCUUCGACGUUUGUUGCGGUCGGACGGAUAAAUUUCUGCUUUGCUUUGCUCGACUCGUUGUUGCAAUUAGUUUCUCCGGGGUGCUCCGCUGGACAAAGUGCGAGAAGAAAGUGUGUAUGUGUGUGUGUGUGCGUGUGUGUGUGUGUGUGUGUGUGCGAGAGUGUGCGGAUUUAUUUAUGUUCAACUAAGCGAAAUCAAACGAAUUUAGUUUAAGAAUGUUUGUGUGCAAAUAUUAAGUAUAAGAAACGCAAAAGUGCAAAAAUGUUUACGAAGAAAUCGCAUGCCGAUGUCAAAAAGUCGACGGCCAAGCUGCAAGAUUGCAAAAAGGAUUCGGCCUCCCGCCUGCGACACCUGCGCACCAUAUUAGAUAAUGUGGACUAUGAGGAGUCAAAGUCGCUGUUCGAGACGAAUUAUAGUCAUGUCUAUUUUAUACUCUAUGACACCUUCAUUCAGGCCGAGGCCAAUCUCAAGCAGAAAGAACUUCCGUUUCACAUUGUGCACAAGGCGCAUCGCGAGGAACUGGAUGGCUCGCUAUGGCUGCUGGAGAAGAUACUGUGCCUGCUGCCGGAGCUGUUGGCUCGUCGCUGGCAGUGUCACUCGCUCAGUCGCAUUAUGGCCAAGCUGCUGCACCUGGGCAACUCGCCCAAGCUGCGGCGCGAGGGUGUCAAAUACUUUCUGCUGUGGUAUCAGACACUCGGCGACAAUGCGCCCAGCUAUGUGCAUGCCAUGUACGCGGACUUGAUACCCGGAUUAAUAGUGCCACAGAAGGGAGGCGUUGUGGGACCCGAUACGGAAUUCAGUGCAACCGAUUUUCUAUCGCAUCCGAAUAUGAAGGCUGAUGGUGGCAUGGCAUCCGUUUUCCACGACAAUGCCUUCUCGCAUCCGGUGCAAAGCUCCGAGGUGGUCGCCCUGCUGCCGCCCUCAUCGAGCGAGAAAUCGGCGCCGCCAGAUCCACGCGACGGCCUCGAAGUGCUGCUCAAUAGCAUGGUGCAAACGGCGGCGUGUCUGCGAUGGCGCGACAAUCGCGCCCAGAAGGAUCAUCGAGCGUUUGCCUUUCUGCUGCAACGGUUCAAGGAUGUGUUUCUGCCGGUGUUCUCGCCCAGCUUUGAUGCGAGCACCUCGAUCUAUAAUCCGCGCCUGGAAAUGCCCGUCAUGCGCUCCAUCCACAAGAAGGAGGAGGUGAUGGCCUCCUGUGUGGUCGUCCUCAUCAAUUGGGUCUCACGCUUCACGCACGAACGGCUGCUCAGCAAUCGGCUGGACUGCGCCCUGCACAUCGAGGGUGUCGAUCAUGCCCGGCUCCUUGGCUACCAGCAGGGACUCAUUGUGCGCGAUGUGUUCUAUGUGAGCCGGGAGAACAUCAAUUUUGUGCACGAGGUCUAUCGUCAGGCGUUCCUCCUCAACUUCACAUCGAAAACACAAAUCGAGGCCAUACGCACGGCCAUCGCUGUCUAUCGGGAUUGGAUGACGGGCAGCACACCGCCACCGUUUCUCCUCGAGCCCAACGAUGAGCAAUACUCACCGUUGACCACCACCAAUGCCACAUCGAAUGCGGGCGGAACACCGCGUAGCCAACGGCUGAGGACACCCUCCUAUGUGGGUGCCAUGCAUCAAGGCGGCACCAAGGAGCAGCAGCAGAUGGUGCGUGCCGGCAUGCAGAAUGUGCUGCAAGUCUUUGUGACGAAUGCGGCGAAUGUGUUUCUCGUGAACACCGCCAAUCUCAACAUUUGUUUCAAUACACGCUCACGGGACUAUCGCUCGACGCCAUUGGAGGAGCAGACGGAGAUAUGCAAGAAGGUGUUGAAUGUCUAUCGCACCAUGGUGAUGAACACACGCAUGGAGACGCGCACCUGGGAACAAAUGUUGCUUGUCCUUCUGCAAGUGACGUCCAUUGUCCUGCAUCAGAAUCCGCCCGCGAGUGGCGCAAAGAGCGCCAAUCUCGGCUACAUACUCGGCUCGGCGAUCAUUCAGACGCUGAUCGUCACCUGGAUACGGGCGCAUACAAAUGUGCCCGUCAACGUGGUGCUGUGGGAGAAGUUUCUCGUCGUGCUCCAAUCCUUGACGCAUCGUGAGGAGCUCAUCGUCGAGUGGAACAAGACCAUUCAGACACUGACACGCGUCUUCUCGCGCUACACGUACGGCAUCAAUCUGCUCGAUCUGCCGCUGGAUCGUGUGGCCGAGACUCGUGGCAAGCGGCGGCGCAUCGGCAGCGUCUGGCAGGGAUCGGCCACCGGUGCAAACAACUCCAAUGCCAACGCCACCAACACUGCUGGCAACAAUGUGCAUCGCGAACGCGAAAGCAUUGCCGAAUCGAACAGCAGUCGCUCCGAUGAGAACUCCCAUUCCGGGGGCAGCAAUAGCCAGGCGCCGCUGCUGCAGGCCAACUCACAUCGCAGCCAUCACCAGCACUCGCAAUCCCACGGUGGUGUCAUUGGACACGGCACGCGUCCCGUGCCACUCACGCCGAUGCUGAGCCGCAGCUACAGCGAGGGCAGCCUCGCCUCGGCGGCACGCAAUUCCCGGAUGCGUCGGCGACGCGCUACGGCACCCAAACCAGAUGCCACAGUCAUGACGACGCCCAUCAGUAUGUCGGGCAGUGCAGCACAGGAUUUGAGACGCGCAAUCUCUCUGGAUUCGUUGGCGGCGCCCGUACGCAAGACUCGGCGACGACGUGGCUCACAGCUGGCCGUCGAUGAUGUGGAUGGCUAUGCGGAUGCGGUUGGGGAUCAGGUGGAUCCGGACAAUGAGAGCGCCGGUGGCGGUUCACGCAGUCCAUCGCCGACGGCUAGCAGCGGCAUCGAGGGCGGCUCCAUCAAGGAUGCCCAGCUGCACAUCGAUGUCCUCGCUGCGGACACGGGCAGCCUCGAGGAUGGCAGCUCAGGCAGCUUUGUUGCCGGCGGCAACUAUGGCAACUCGGAGCGUCGCUCGAUAAUGCUGGGCGGCACUGCUACUGGUUGGCUGCCCGACUCCACAUCGAUCAUGUGGAAACGGAUGCUGGGCGCCUUGGGCGAUGUGAAUCGCAUACCCAAAUCGGAGUUGCAUGCGCAGGUGUUCAAGCAUCUGCUGGAGAUGACCCACAAUCUGAUCAAGAUCAAACAGAAUCAGGGCAUCUCGACGGAUAACCAAAGCACACCGCCACCACCAGCACUGGUGCCACCGAUUGGCGUUGUGGCACCCUGGUGCUAUGGUGCCCUCACCCUGGAUCGUUCCUUCAAGAAGGGCAAAUUGUGGGCGCUGCAGCUGCUCAGCGCUUUGGCGCUGCAGGGUGCCAUUAAUAUGCAGCAGCUGCCGUUGUUCUAUCAUGCACUGCAUCAGCUGCUCACUGGCGAGGAUCGGGAUCUGAUCUAUGCGAUUAUGAAGCAUCUGGAGGGGCCACGUCUGCUCAGCCUGUUGCUGCCGGGACACACGUUGCUGCUGUUGGAUCUGGUGCAUGCCAGCGCCAUUCUGCUCACCUCGCUCGAGGUCACGCGAAGCACUCCGCGCGCCGAGGUGGCCGCUUUAUUGGGUUCACUGCUCUCGUAUCCGGCCAUGCUGCUGCCACGUCCGGUGCUACAGCCGACGCCGCAGAAAUUCGAGCUGAUGGAAUGCCCCGAUCUGCAGGAUCACAUACUCAACAUUAUGCUGCGUUGUGCCCGACGUGAGCCCUCCGCCAAGGCGCGCUGCAUUGCCCUCUGCCAGCUGGGGCAGUGGCUGCUCCUGCGCCUCUCGCAGCCCAGCAGUCCCGACAAGGCGGCGACGGCGGCGGGUCAGCGUGCCCCGUUCCAUCAGUCGGUGCCACAUCCCAAGGAUGUGCCACUGGCCAAGGACACAGCCAACAGCUAUCAUCCGCGAAUACGCGAAGUGCUCCAGGUGCUGCUCCAAGCGUUGCAAUUCAAGCAUCACACCAUCGCCGUCAUCGCUGUCGAUGCGCUCAAAUUGUGCGCGGAACGCGGACGCCAAUUGGCGGCCAUUGAACGUCUGCCGCAACUGAUAAUCACCGCUCUAUGCAAGGCGCUCGAGAUCCAUAACGUGGCCAAACUGAAGGAUGCUGAUAAAGUGGUGCUAACAUCCCUGAUGCUCUGCCUCGGUGAGUUCUGCAUGGCCAUUCCGGCAGCCAUAAUGCUGGCGCCCUACAACGAUCAGGGCGACACUCUGGUGCUGCAGGUGCUGGGCGUCCUGUUGCAGGUGGCAUCGGGUGCACCGCGUCACGAACGCGUCAAACUCACCGCAGACGAUGAUUUCGAUAUGCACAUUGCCAGCGAUGAUCUGCAGGGCGAUGGGCGUUUGCCCGAGGCAAGCUAUCAGACAUUGGAAACGAUUCAGGGAUGCAUCUCGGCGGUUCGGUUGUGUGCCCGGGCGGUGGCCAUGCAUCUGGUCACCCAUCUGGGACACUUUCCCAUGGGCAUUGGCGCGUCGCGUCUUAGCUCCAUGGUGGAGGAGCAGGAUGACAUCUACAGUGGCAGCAUCGCUGGCAGUCAGCUGCAACGUCGCGAUUCCAUGGAGCUACCCUCGGUGGUCAGUGCCCAGAACAUGCAGCUUUUUAUGCUCAACACGGGCCUGGUGGCCAGUUUCAUAGAGCUGCCCACGCUGAAGUUGCCGGGCGGCGGCAUCACAGCUGGCCUGGUCACCGCCGAGAAACAGGUGCGUGUCCUGAUGCGCGACCUCAAUGGGAAGGCAUGCUGGGAUGCCUCCAUACUCUAUUCGGAGCCGCGCAAAUGUGAACCGCUAGCCAGCUCCGAACGCUAUGAUGCAUCGGCGAGGACGGCGAGAAGUGUGUCUCAUGGCGGCAUGGACUCGAUGAUGAAGGGGCAGGAGGUGCAGUUGCACACACGACACACGUUGCGUCAUCGACCGCUGGGCGUGCUGCCGCUGGCCAAGGAUGUGGCACCCGAUUUGGACCAGCUGGACGAUAUGCUCUCGUACAUUGGUCACACGAGUCCCGAGUGUGUGCCGCCAUGCAUUGCGGAGCUGAAUGCACCGUGUGCCAGUCCGUUGAGCAGCGCCCAGGAGGCACAGGCCAUAUCCGUUAUACUCAGCCAGCGUCUCCUUGAGCAGGAGUAUGUGGCACACACGGCACAGCACGCUCUGCGACAUGCCGGCUCCAGUUCAUCCCUACAGCCCGAUCAGCGUUCGCUGCACAGCGCCUCCGUAUCGUUUGAUUCGUUUACGGGCGCUGGCGCUGGCAGCUUGCAGGGACGCGUCGAGACGCCCUUCCAAUACUGUCGCCUGCUGUUCGCCCAUCUCGGUCUGGCCGGCUGGGAGCGACGCUCGCGCACUCAUCUGCUGCAGCGCAGCGAGAAAUUGUUGCGCGAGUUGCGCAACGUCGAUGUGCAAAAGUGCCGCGAGACGCACAAAAUGGCCGUCAUCUAUGUGGCCGCCGGGCAGGAGGAUAAGUCGAGCAUUCUGCGGAAUACGAACGGCAGCAGCAUGUACGAAAUGUUUGUCUCAGCACUCGGCUGGGAAAUUGAGCUGGAGACGCACAAUGGUUUUCUGGGCGGUUUGCCGCGUCAGGGCUGUGGUGCGACGGCACCGUAUUAUGCCACACCCUUCCUUGAGGUUGUCUACCAUGUGGCGACACGCAUGCCCUCCGACUCAUCGGAGGCGAUGCUGCUGAAGACACGGCAUCUGGGCAACGAUGAGGUGCACAUCGUGUGGAGCGAACAUCAUCGCGACUACAGACGCGACAUUCUGCCGACGGAGUUCUGCGAUGUGCUCAUCGUUGUCUAUCCGCUGCGCAAUGGCCUGUUCCGUGUGACGGUCAACAGGAAGCCGGAGGUGCCCUGGUUUGGGCCACUUGCCAACGAGAGUGUCGUCAGUGGUGCCUGCCUGGCCACCCUUAUACGCGCCACGGCCAUCAAUGCGGGCCGCACCAAGCGCGCCGCCCUGCCGCUCUACCAGCAAUUCUAUGAGGAGCGCAAUCGGUCGCUGGACAGCGUCUCGACGCGCUACAAGGAGAGUACCACAUUCGAAGACUUUGCCAGUCGCAUUUACAACCCGAUGCCGUUGUCCACUUUGAGCACAUUGCGGGAAUCAAAUGCGAGCAGCGCUGGUGCUCCACUUGCUGCCGCACUAAUCGAUCACAAUCGUGCCUCCGUCAAAGGCUGGGUGCAGGCAUCCAUUGAUGCGACGCCAGUGCUUGGCAUUGCGCCAUCCGCUUCGGCUGGGUCAACGUCGGCCAUGGAGGCCAAUUCGAACAGCAGCAUAACCUCGGCAUCGCCACGCGGUCCCCGCAAGCUGGGUGCACCCUUCAAGAGUGUGACCAAGAAGCAUUCGCUGCAACAAAUUGUGAUCGGCGGCAGUUCGGGUGGCAGUGCUGGUGGCGACACACCGCCCGAGAGUCCGACGUUGCCGCUGCGGCGCAUCAAAUAGAACAAUUGCUCUACUACUGGCUGGCCAUGGUUACUACUACUACAACUACUUACUAUUCCUACCCCUAACUCAACUCAUUCCCCGCUGCAAGAGACCAGAGCCAGAGAGGUGCGGCUAUUCAAAUAGCCAAGCAACUUUGCGGAGUUUUAUUGAAAAUGAAUAGUAUUGCAAAACACGUUUCCUGUUAUGUUUAUUAUUAUCAUCACUAUUAUUAUUAUUAUUUUCUUCUAAUUUGUAUUGUAAUUUAUUUCACAAUCGAUGCUUAUUUAGUCUAACUACUCACUGUAUUUAACUAUUUAUUUGCCACAAUUCCAACAACCAAUUGAAGAAAACGCAUUGGAAUUACGAAAGUUACGUAUUUAUAUAUAUAUAUUAAUCAUAUUGUUCGAUUCAAAUUCAAAUGCGAUUCCAUGUUACUUACGUCCACUAAUUAAUCAAAUUGUAAUUAUUUAUUUUUGUUAGCUUUUACCCAUAAGAGUGCAUAAUUCUAGUAUUAAGCUUCACAAUGUAUAAUUAACUUGAGUUUUAUAUAUAUAUAGAUUCUCAACUCGCUUGUCUGUUGUAAUUUUGUGUAACAUUCGCCUAACACACGCCCUCUAUUCUUUUUUUUCUAGCACUUUAAUAUUUUAUUAUUCAACUUAAUUUAAUUGAAUUUUGAAGAUACUUUGAGAUACAAAUUCAUAGAAUUCGUUGAUAAGUGUUGUGCACAAUGCAAACAAAAUCAAAAUUUAUUUAUACAAUUUACAAUUCUGAAAUCCAAAUAACAAUAUAUGUUAAAUCUGCCCAAUAAGCAUAAACAUUUACUAGUAGUAUUACGUAAUCGAGCUCUAUGUAUAGACAAUCUAGCUGUAAGUAUUCAAAAACUAAGAAUCGUGGGCAAUCCUUGUGUCCUGUCGAUCCAAUUAUCUACGAAUAUUGUUCAAGCAAUCGUGUUUUAAUUAUAUGUAAUUAUAUAUUUGCAACAAUAACAACAGCAACAGAA